AUGCUCGCGUCCGUCUUCGGCAAAGGAACCAAAACCUACAGCCAGAGCAAGAAGAAGUUCUCGACGAUCACGGGCAUACGUCGAGUGCACUCUCCACCUUCCCCCGCGUCAUUUGUGUCCCCGGAGAUUGUCGAGAUCAAUGAGCAGGGCCCAUUCGGUGGGUCGUUCUCAGAAGACCGCGCGCCCAGCUUCGAGCGCUCUGCUGCCGCCGCCGCGUCCGCUGCAUCGCCUCAGCUCCAGCUCGAGUUCGACGACGGGGAGCCUCUCUUCCCGCCCAGCAUUCUCUCGCAGACACAGCCAGGCAACCGUACCCCACCCAAGCGCAACGUCUCUCUACCAAACGGAGGAAAGAAUGGUUCAGAAGGAAGCAGUUUCGGAUCCCGAGCGCGCGGGCCAGGGUCCGAGGAUAGCACCAUAUGGGAAGAGCCAUUACAGCCGAAUCGACUGCAGGUCGACACGUCUGUGCAGAACGCGCGUAGCUUUGAGGAUAUCUCGGAAAGUAGCGCAGCGCACUCCAUACGGAAGCCUACUCCUUCGCCCAUCAAGAUACCGAACAACUCAACCAGCGCAAAGAUCAGGGUGCAAUCUUCUGCAGAGGAAAGUGCUGACGCCAACAAGAAUGUCCCUCCACCGCUUCCGACCAAGAACAGCCGUCCACCAAGCCCCUCCUCCGCGAUAACAGAUGACAUCUCGUCAGCUGUGUCCGGCACGAGCAUGGCUCGCGCACUGGUCGCGACAUCGUUCGUGUUAUCCAACGAGUCGCGCGCCUCAAAGUACAAGUCUGGGAUGACGCGCCAGGACUCGGCCACGCUUCCUCGAGGCGAGCACCCUUUGAUCAAUUCUCCCUAUAUGCGCGAACGGCGGGCGAGUAGUGGUGAGCCUAGCAGCGCACGAUCAUCCUCCGUCCCCCCGGUUCCCCGACUUCCGUCGCGCGCGGAACUAGGUCUUAGCAUAGACGGCGCGUCAGGAUACAAGAGCCAGCGCAAUUCGGUGUCUCUCAUCCUCGAUAGCGGGGAGAGCGGCCAGCUUGUACCGCCGCCGCAACUGAAGCGGCCGAAGAGCACAGGUCGGCUACGCAUGGAGCAGACGAUCAGCAUGCCGCCCAUUUCUCCGAUCUCCGAAGCUUCGUCGCCAGCGCCCUCGGUACCUGAAACGCCAGGGCCGGCCGUGCUGGGCACCACAAACGUCUCUAACGCGUCGAGCCGAUCGCUAGCCAACUCUCUCGCUCAGCAGCGCGGGCUCAACCUUUCGGAGGGCAACACCAGUUCGUCAUCUCUCGGCACGGAGGCGUCCAACCACGCACGCGCCGCGACGGAGCCCGGGGGAGCUUAUAGCUCUGCGGGGGAGAGGCGACCGUCGAAUGCGUCCAAACCCAAGGGCACGCUCGCUGCAGGGUUUGACCGGAACGGCGCAGCCAUGCCGGGUACCAUGCGGUCGUCCGGCGCGUUCGCAGUAACAAACGGUCGUCUCGCAGUGACGCGCACGGCAUCUGAAAGCGGCGUAUCGCGCGGCCAGACGUCAGGGCCUACCAGGCCUGCCGUCCUGCUUCCCAUCGGCGAGCGCCCUUCUUCGGUGCUUGUACCCCCAUCUCCCCAGCCUUCAUUGGUAUCCAAUGUGGUCGCGCCAACUCCCACCUCCACGCGCGUGGGGCCCAUCAUGUUGGCCGCUGAAACCCCUGUCGACUCGCCCGACCUGCUGGACAGUUUCCCGCUCCAGAUCGCGCGUGAGCGUUCGGCCGGACCUCCGCCUCCCCUUCCAUUGGGUCGUCGCUCAGAGGAGAACAACUCUAUUCCGACUCCGUUGCAGAGCUCGAGCGGCGAGUCCAUGUCUGGUGCGUCGAUGAACCGGCAGACGUUCCCGGAGACGCCGAACGCGUUCUCGCCGCUUUGGUCGAGUACGUUCGCGUCUCCUCCGACUAGUGCGCCGCGCAGCUCUAUCGACCAGAGCCUAGUGGGGCGCAACGGGAGCAUGAUGCGCGCGUCGGGUCUUAUCGACAUGACUCGCAUGGCGCCGCGGGGUGGACGUACCAUCUUCUCGAAGCCGUCUACUCGCGCAUCCCGUGUGCCCCCGACACCGCCUCUCACGGGGGAGAGCACGAAUGAGUCGCAGCCAGACAGCCCUGUGCUGGAGGAUCCGCCCGUUCCGCUAGCGGUCAAACGCCUUACGGCCAUCGAGGAGCAGGUCGCGUCGCGGAGUGUGUCGCAGUACUCGACUAUCCCCGAGCCGCCUACUAGCGGCGCUCAGUGGGAAAGUGAAGCGUUUUAUGUGCAACAGCAACGGGUUCAGCAGCAGCAGGCAGGGAAACCGCGGGGCGGGAGGGACAGGUCCGAGUCCGUAUCUGCUCAUUCACGAGACGGCAGCGUCGCACCGAGCCAAACACAGAGUCAGACAACGCAGACGUCGUCCAACCCGUCCGCUGCUGCUCAAGCCAAGGCUGCCGAGGCGUCUUCCCACCGACGUAUGCGCUCUGUAACGAACCCGGACGAGCCACUCGCGUCUCCGCCACCAUCGUACCCCGCAACUUUCGAUCCUAUCCCGCUGCUGCAUCCUCGUACGGGCACGGCAGACUCGUCGGAGCAGUCCAACCGUUCGAGCAUCAACUCCAGUUCGACGCAUCUCCAGGCGUCCUCCUCAUCGCAGAGCUCUGUUCCGCAGAAGCGCUCGCUCUCGCCAUUCCCGUCGCCCCCACCUUCCUCAAUACCGCUUCCCCCGUCGCCUGGUCGCUCAAGGAUGGAUGCACAUGCGUCUUCAAUCAGCGUGGAGCAGCCCCCGCCUCCAUACAUGGAGAUGCCCCGCAAUUCGACACCACCAGCUCCCCCGAUCCCUACACCGCCCACCCCUCCGGCACAAUCACCAGCCCCCAACUCGCGGUUCGUCAUCUCCGAUCCCCCAGCACCCCCGGGCACUCCCUCCCGCGCUACGUUCACGCCUGAUACGACACCAUCAAAACGUCUUCCCCGGACGCGCCCUCCCUUACCCCAUGGUCCGAGAGCCCCGAGCCUCAGCUCAGCUGCGGCGCGGAUGCGCGCGGGCUCUGUCUCAUCGUUGAGCAGCAACGUCGCAGGCGGUUCAUCACGGAUGAUCUCGAUGGCGUCGCAUACUGCUCCACGCUUCCAGCCUUCGCGCGUCAACUUCCGCGGGCUGACGAUGGAGGCGGCGCAAUGGACGCUGACGUCGCAGCAGCUGCAGCACAUCGUCUCAACUGCGAUCCGGCAGUCUGCGGACGCGUCGGCGAUCAGGAUACUUCCGCAGGAGACGUUGGAAGACGAGCUGCCGACGGAGAUGGACCGGCUCGAGGCACGCGCUGCGGAGCUCAAGACGAACUACAAGCUGGUCGUGCGGCGACGGAACGCAUCUCUUGCGACGCUCGCGCGAAUCGCAGAGGGCACGGAGCACGUCGAGCCGGGCACAGCAACGCGCGUGGCGGAGGAGCUCAGCGAUCUGAACGAGUCUCUCGACCAGACCGCGGAGGAGCUGUACACCGUGACGGACCAGCUCGGGCAGCUGGCUCGCCUGCGCGACCUCCAUCAACGCAGUGCGCUCGCGAUGGCGCUGCGCAAGCUCAACAACAGCUUCCUAAAGCAGGUCGGGGAGGUGCAGCGCCUCCGCGAUAUGGUGGAUACACUCGAGGCGGAGCGCGACGAGGCGUGGCAAGAGGCACAGGAGGUCGCGCAGGAGUUCGACGACUACACGGAGCGCAUCAUGGUCGAGCCCUCGCCAUCGUCGCGCGAUGCAACCCCGAGUCGCCGCUCAAGCCGUGUGAUGAUCGCACGCAAGAACAGCCAGCGGGCGUCCAAAGCUGGUUUGCGUUCGUCGAUGUACAGGCGCAGCCAGCGUUCGUCGACGACCAGCAGCCACCGCUACAGCGGUGCGGCGUCGCCAGGCGCGUGGGUGCCUCCCGGCCACUCGGAGGAUAUCCCGCCGGUCCCGCCCAUCCCUCUUCGCAGCGACCUCAUCCGCUUCCCAUCUGGCGACCUGCCUACGCGAAGCUCUAUGGGUACGUCCGCUCGUGCUGGCAGUUUCUCCACCGAGGCUUAUUGGACUCUAGAUUCCCCAUCGUCCGAGCUUCGCGCCAUGAUUCAGGCGCAGAAGGAGCUGUGCGAGAUGUUGGGCAUUUCUCUGGAAGAACUCAAGAUCACGCAUCAGCCCUCUCGCCGCCAGUCCAUGUCCGCGCUACCUGGCGCCAAGAGCCCGGUGUCUGCUGCGCCAACGCGACGCAACUCCGACAUUGUCACCCCCAACCACCAACGCUCCUUCAAAGUAUAG